UUAUUUAUUUAUUUUUGCACACACGUAUCUUUUAUUUGGAAUUUUAUUUAGGACCUUUUAUUUUGAAGACGGGGCGUCACGUGUUGCUUCACCUUCCGGAGUUGAAAUGCUGCGAUCACCCCGUUCGAUCCGUGUGACCUUAUCGUUAGUGGCGCCUGGAACCCGAUGCCGCCGUCCAUCUCCGGGCGUCCAGCUGUCUUUCUUCCGUUCUCGCAAGCUUUUGUGGGCGAGUUGUCCGGCGAUGCAGCCGUCUCUUCAUUCACCCCAGCAUCAAGCCCUUGUUCCCUGCUCAGAUCUGGCGUCCCGGAAGUACACCUUAAUUUAUGCGUUCCCCGCCAUCCGAGGACUACGCGCACUCUCCAGGUUCAAACUGGUUCAAACCGGCGUCACUGGCGUCCUUCUACCCGCAGUUUAUUAUUCCUACCUUCAGGGCCAAGCGUCAGUCAGUCUUUUAAGCUACACCACGGGCAUCGCUGCGUUCGCCGCAAUCAUGCUCUACACCGUUAGCUACUACGUCCGGCGAGUGGUCGGGAUGAUGUACCUGGACCACACGCACGCCACGUUAAAGGUGGCCCAUCUGUCUUUCUGGGGCCACCGGAGGGACGUGUAUCUGCCCGUGUCGGAUGUAAUGACUCUUGGAGACACGGGAGACUCACCGGGUGAAGUUAUAUUAAGGCUGAAACGCUACAGCUGCUCGGACACACUCUAUUUCUCCACCAGGCUGGGGCGUGUGCUGGAUAAAAACGGGUUUGAGAAAGUUUUUGGGACUUUGUCUCGAUAGACUGCUGUGUCUCUGCUUGUGUUAAUGUCCAAAAUGAUUUUGCAUUCAGAUUUACAAAUAAAGGUUUAUUCACAGCCA